GAGCGGCUACGUUGUUUGACACAACGAAUACGAACAAAACAAAACAAAAAAAGCCAAAAUCUUUGAUCGAAAAUUUUCAACGUUUUAUUUUUAACGAACAACAACAACACAUAUUACUGCAAACCUACAAAAUGACAGCUACUUUAAAGAGUUUCAACUACUUCUCUUACAUUAUUAACUCUCGGCUCCACAACUCCCCAAUUCUGUCCUAUCGUCGUCGUCGUCGUCUUCCUCGAUCACAGCCACCUACUUCGUGUCUGAAUCCUGGGUUUCGAUUCUUCCGACCAAACCAUCUCUUCUGUACACAGUCUGGUUCCCUCAUGGAAGUGUUUAAAGCGGUUUUGUCAGAAGGGUCAAACGCCUGUGAUAGGAUAGCGAUUAAAGCCGAUGAGAAGAGUUACUCUUAUGGCCAGCUUACAUCCUCUGCCUUGACAAUAUCUAAACUGUUCUGCCGCGAGGAUACCACAAAUGGAGGUGAGAGUAAGAAGUAUGAAGGGUUUGGUAGUCUUAAAGGAGCUAGAGUUGGGAUUGUGGCGAAACCUUCAGCUGAGUUUGUUGCUGGAGUCCUUGGGACUUGGUUUAGUGGUGGCGUCGCAGUUCCACUUGCGCUCAGCUAUCCUGAGGCUGAACUCUUAUAUGUCAUGAAUAACUCGGACAUAUCUGUGUUAUUGAGCACGGAGGACCAUAGUGAAACUAUGAAAACUAUAGCAGCAAAGAGUGACGCUCGAUUUCAUCUGAUUCCUUCUGUUCUUAACUCAACUUCGGAAACUGUUACACGCAAUCAGUUUCAAGAUGACAGUUUUGAAGAAGACGGAAAGCUUCUAGAUGAUCCAGCAUUGAUCGUCUACACUAGUGGUACAACUGGUAAACCAAAAGGGGUUGUCCAUACUCACAAAAGCAUAAAUUCCCAGGUUAGAAUGCUAACUGAAGCUUGGGAGUACACAUCUGCUGAUCACUUUCUCCACUGCCUCCCACUACAUCAUGUUCAUGGCCUUUUUAACGCUUUAUUUGCUCCUCUUUACGCGCGAUCUUCGGUUGAGUUUUUGCCCAAAUUUAGUGUUAGUGGAAUCUGGCGCAGAUGGCGUGAAUCAUAUCCGGUGAAUGAUGACAAAACCGAUAACCCCAUAACUGUCUUUACUGGCGUUCCAACCAUGUAUACUCGGUUGAUACAAGGUUACGAAGCAAUGGAUCAAGAAACGAAAGAGUCUAGCGCCUUUGCUGCGCAGAAGCUUCGCCUAAUGAUGUCUGGCUCAUCUGCUCUUCCUAGACCGGUGAUGCAUCAGUGGGAAAGUAUCACAGGCCAUCGUCUUUUGGAACGAUAUGGCAUGACUGAGUUUGUAAUGGCAAUAUCAAACCCGUUACGGGGUGAACGGAAAGCAGGAACUGUAGGCAAACCGCUUCCCGGUGUGGAGGCUAAGAUUGUACAAGAUAAGAAUGAUGCUGAUGGAGUGGGCGAGAUUUGCGUAAAGAGCCCAUCUUUGUUCAAGGAGUACUGGAAUCUUCCAGAAGUGACUAAAGAAUCAUUCACGGAAGAUGGAUACUUCAAGACGGGAGAUGCUGGUAGAGUGGAUGAAGAUGGAUAUUUCGUGAUUCUAGGACGUACUAGCGCUGAUAUAAUGAAGGUUGGAGGAUACAAGUUGUCUGCCUUAGAAAUCGAAUCUACCCUACUCGAGCACCCUACGGUUGCAGAAUGUUGUGUGUUGGGGUUACCAGACAACGAUUAUGGGGAAGCGGUUACAGCGAUAAUUGUAGCUGAGGCUGGAGCAAAGAGGAAAAGAGAAGAUGAGUCAAAACCUGUGAUGACCUUAGAAGAACUCUGCGGUUGGGCUAAAGACAAGCUUGCUCCUUACAAGCUGCCAACACGUUUGAUAAUAUGGGAGAGCUUACCCCGCAACGCCAUGGGAAAGGUAAACAAGAAAGAGCUAAAGAAAUCUCUGGAUCAUCAAGAGUAAAUUCUCAGACAACCAUGGAUCUCUCUCCCUCUCUCUGUUUGCAUCUUGUUCUUUGAUUGUAAUACAUAGAUGCAUAAAAUAAUAUUUUCUAUAUCAUCUGGUUGACUUAACAAGGUCAAGAACCAAGACCAACUAUUUGGAAAGUAAAUCUUAAUUUUAUUUCCUCUGUUA